UGCUGGUCAGUGGGAAGGAUGGUCCUUACAUUGGUGGUCAGUGGGAAGAAUGCUCCUUACAUUGGUGGUCAGUGGGAAGAAUGUCCGUUACAUUGGUGGUCAGUGGGAAGGAUGCUCCUAACAUUGGUGGUCAGUGGGAAGGAUGCUCCUAACAUUGGUGGUCAGUGGGAAGGAUGCUCCUAACAUUGGUGGUCAGUGGGAAGGAUGCUCCUUACAUUGCUGGUCAGUGGGAAGAACGACCCUUAUAUUGGUGAUGAGUGGGAAGGAUGCUCCUUACAUUGCUGGUCAGUGGGAAGAAUGCCCCUUACUUCGGUGGUCAGUGGGAAGUAUACUGCCCAUACAUUGGUGGUCAGUGCUAGGAAAGUCCUCUACAUUGAUGGUCAGUUCGAAGAAUACCCCUCUUAUGAUGGUCAUACAUGUAACAAUCUGAUCAA